AUGGUAGAAGGAACCCGAGAAACUUCCUACUCCACAGUCGGGGCUAAAACCAAGGGGACUCUCUUCCCCCUAUACCCCCAGCUGAACAAGGAAGCCCACAAGGGGGUGGGGAGAGCAACUCUGGGGGAGAGGGAGCAGAGCCAGACGAUCCAGACCUGGCACACCCUACUCCAGACCUGUCCUGAGCCUCCAGGUUCAUCUCAGGUGUCUGUUGGCCUCCAGAGAAAAGAGAGAGCAGGAGUUCCCAGCGGCGGUUCUGCAACAGCUCGAGGGCAGGGGACACGCGCGGCAGACGUCCCCAGAUGCCUCAAGGCUGCGCGCGAAGACACGGCGCAGGCAGACGCACAGACGGGGCUCCCCCACCCUGGACUCAGCGGCGGCGGGGUGGGAAGCCCAGGAAACCCUGGGUUCCCGUCGGAACCCGCCCGACACCCGGGCCCCUCCUGCAGCUCCUAUCAGGCGCAGGGCAUGGGGACCCAAUGCCUGCGGGAGCCAGGGGCUCCCCAAAAUUCCCGGAGAGAGGUUACCUCGCAGUGGGGGACGCAACCCGUUGGGGUUGCCCGCGGGCACGGCGUCUGCCCUAACCUGGCGCCUUGGUACCAGUCGGCAUCAGGCGUGCGGAGUCCCCGGAGAGGAGCCGUCCGGGGGGCCGCGGCUUAGGGGCGCGGGGCGACGGCAGCGGCCAUGGCGAGUCACGUGCGGAGGCUGAAACUUUACCCGGAGCCCCAGACUGGGGGGGCGGAGGGUACGGAGCAGGGGUGGGGGAAGGCCCUUUCCCUCAGGCCCGCCCUUGCCCGCCCACUGACCAAUCAUCAGUCAGGGGCGGGUCCACCGGAUCACGCCCGGCCCCCCCGCCUUGAUAGACCCAGGGAAGGGCGAGUCUUAAAGGAGCCGCUCCUAGCUGAAGGCUGGACCGUGGGAAUCUGGAGAAUCCCUCCCUCAAGCCCA